UCUUGGGGACCAGUUCUACAAAGAAGCCAUAGAGCACUGCCGCAGUUACAAUUCCCGUCUCUGUGCUGAGCGCAGUGUUCGUCUUCCGUUCCUGGACUCACAGACUGGUGUUGCUCAGAAUAACUGUUAUAUAUGGAUGGAAAAGAGGCAUCGAGGACCAGGACUAGCUCCAGGGCAGCUCUAUACAUAUCCUGCUCGGUGCUGGCGCAAGAAGAGACGUUUGCAUCCCCCUGAAGACUCCAGGCUGAAGUUGCUGGAGAUUAAACCUGAAGUUGACCUGCCUCUGAAGAAGGAUGGCUUCACAUCAGAAGGGACCACACUGGAAGCUUUGUUGCGUGGAGAAGGGCUUGAAAAAAAGAUAGAUGCUAAAGAAGAAGAUACUCUACAAGAGAUCCAGCGGGUUUUGGAAAACGAUGAGAAUGCAGAUGAAGCGAACGAAGAGGAAGAGAUAGAAGAAGAUAUUCCAAAACGAAAAAACAGACCCCGAGGACGGGCCCGAGGCUCUGGUGGUGGUAGGCGAAGGAAUGAUGUUUCUUCUAUGGAUGACCAUGACAAACCUUAUGUUUGUGACAUCUGUGGCAAGCGCUAUAAGAAUCGACCAGGACUGAGCUAUCACUAUGCUCACACUCACCUUGCUAGCGAGGAAGGGGAUGAUGCUCGAGAACAGGAGACACGUUCACCACCUGUCCACAGAAAUGAAAAUCAUAAACCCCAAAAAGGACCAGACGGGGCCAUCAUUUCCAAUAACUACUGUGAUUUCUGCCUUGGAGGAUCUAAUAUGAAUAAAAAAAGCGGAAAACCAGAAGAGCUUGUCUCAUGUUCGGAUUGUGGGCGUUCUGGUAGGUGAUACCUUAUUGCAGCUAUCAGUGAGCAUUAAGCAACAACAACAACAACAACACUCUUUUCGUAUCUGGAUGUCUAUAGAGAUAAAAUUAAGGCAUUUUUGAG